GUACCGUUAUACCAGACCGCCUUUCUCCUUCGCGGCCUAGAGUCGAGGUAGUUGGACUCCGCCCAACUAGAGUCGAGGCAACACCAUGGUGAAACACGGCAUCAAGAUAUUUGCUAGAAUUAAGCCUUCUAACAAGACAGCCGGGCUGUUUGAGGUUGCUGAGGAGGAGAGCCUCUACAAACUGUCCCUCUUUAUCCCUCACUCGGAAGCCAGUGGCCAUGUCAACAACAAAAAGGAAACAUUUUCUUUCCGGUUCAACAAGGUGUUUGAGCAAACAACCACUCAGGAUGAAAUAUUUGAAAAAGUGGCUCGAGAAGUCGCUGAUAACUGCUUAGAAGGCUACAAUGGUACCAUAUUUGCAUAUGGACAAACUGGCUCUGGUAAAACAUUUACCGUCACUGGUGGUGUAGAGAGAUACUCUGAACGGGGAGUUAUCCCCAGAACUCUCUCAUACCUCUUCCAACAGUUCCAGAAAUCCCCAGAUACCAUGUUCACCACUCAUAUAUCUUACCUGGAAAUCUACAAUGACAAAGGUUAUGACCUCCUGGACCCUAAACACGAGGCUUCUAAAUUGGAAAAUUUGCCUAAAGUUACUCUGUUAGAGGAUGGUGGAGGCACUAUCCACAUGAAGAAUUUGUCCAUGCACCCAGUCACCAACGAAGAAGAAUCUCUCAACUGGCUGUUCAUCGGGGACACAAAUAGAAUAAUGGCAGAGACCCCAAUGAAUAUGGCCUCUACACGGUCUCACUGUAUCUUUACCAUCCACAUCAUGUCAAGAGAGCCAGGAUCAGACAUGCUGAAGAAGUCUAAGUUACAUCUGGUUGACUUAGCAGGGUCUGAGAGGGUUGGUAAGACCGGAGUAAGCGGAACCCUGCUCAACGAGGCCAAGUACAUCAAUCUUUCUCUGCUCUGUCUGGAACAGGUUAUUGUUGCUCUCUCUGAGAAGUCAAGAACACACAUCCCGUACCGGAACUCAAUGUUGACUUCAGUCCUCAGAGACAGUUUGGGCGGCAACUGCAUGACUACAAUGAUAGCUACCUGUUCUGUCGAGAAUAAAAACAUUCAUGAGACAAUCUCUACAUGUCGGUUUUCCCAGCGAGUUGCUCUAGUCAAGAAUGAGGCCACUCUCAACAAAGAAUUGGACCCUAAGCUGAUGGUUGCUCGUUUGAAGGCUGAGAUCCAGGAUCUCAAGGAUGAGCUAUCCCUGGCUACAGGAGAGCAAAGGACUGACGAGGUAACCGAUGAAGAGAAGGAGAAAUGCAAACAGCUUGUGGAGCAGUUUAUUAACGACACCAGUCCUGAGUGUCAACUGGUAGUGGCAGGAAACAUGAGGAUGAUACAGCUAUAUUUCCGCCUACUCAGGGCAGAGAUCCUGAAGGCGAGAAAAGACUGUGCUGGUGUAGUUGACGACGGUUCAACAGCUAGUCCAGUCGGUGCAUCCUCUAAAGAUCCAAAUUCAGAGAUACAACAAAACGUGGUGGUGUCGAACACUGGGCUGCUGGGACUCAGGGACCUGCUCAGACAAAGGGAUGAUGAGAUCAGUGUUCUACUCAAAAUACUGAAACAAGAGAAACGUAAAACAGCAGAUGCAGAAGCUUCUCUCAAGAGGUCUGGUAGUCAACAAAUGAGGCCAUCUAGUACCAUUCUUGAUCCAAUUGGCCCUGUACAACUUGAACCAGGAGUCCAUGCCAAAGAACAAGAUGUGUUUGUUAGACAGAGUCAGGAGUCCUUUGAAUGGAGAUCUGCUAUGAAAACAAGGUUGUCUCAAGCCAGACAGGAAGCGUUCGAUACGUUUCGUAAAAACUUCGCUGACAUGAGAGCAAUGGAUAAACAUAAGAAGGUCCUCAAAACGAAGUAUGCCGAAGCCAAAACUUUGGGGGAGAGAGUGAACACUUGUAGACUCAUCAUUAAUAAACUGAAAGGGAAAACAGAAAAACUGAGAAUUUCUCGUGGUGUUAAAGGGCUGACGGAUGGUUCUGCAACAGAGGACCCUGAUCCAAAGGAGGAAGAGCUCAAGUGUAGCAUAGAGAGGGAGAAGUCAAAUUUCAAGAUGAUGUAUGGCCAGUUGCGAGACUUGAAAGCUGAGAUAGAGCACGUUCAACACCUUCAUGAGAAAGCUAAGCUACAGGUUCAGAGGGACUUCGAGCAGUGGUGGGACCAACAAACGGCGCAACAAAAGGGCGAAAAUUCAACAUCAGUCAAGUCUGCCUGGCGUACCCCACCCUUAACCAGUACACCGCCCAUGCCCACUACUUUGGCAGCAUCACGGGAUGCACCCAGACACAAAAGACCCUCAUCACAGCGCAAGACACACUCUACACAAACACAACAGCUAAUUGCUGCUAUGCUCCCUAUUAAUAAUGAUUAUGAAAAUGCCGUUUCUGGGACAAUUAUUAAGGAACCUAAAAUGGACAAUGUUCUCACUCAGCAAAGGCAGCUGUUUGAUCAUGACAAGAUUAAGGUUGCUUCCCAGUUCAGGUCGGUUACUAGGGACUCAAUUCCCUUGACUGGAGAUCCUAAGGCUGAUGCUGACAUUUUAGCUUUCUAUAAGGCUCGACAAAAGCUUAUUCCGGAAAGGGCACUACAAUAGAGAUGAACAUGAUGGACCCAGUAAUGUGGUAAAUACAAUGAAUAAAACUUAAGUUUAGUUCAUUUCAUUUUUUUGUUGAUUUGGUUUCCGAUAUCAGUUCUUCAACAUUCUCAC